AUGGUCUACGGAAUGCCCUUGGUUGUCCUGGUUCGUGGACCUCCAAAACCGAGGUACCCAGUCCAUGGACCGGUGACACCGAGGCACCCAAAUUAUGGACCGGUGGCACAGAGACACCCAGUCCGUGGACCGCUGAUACUGAGGCACGCAAAUCAUGGACUGGUACCCAGUUCAUGGAUCUCCAACACAGAGACACCCAGUUCGUGGACCUCCAACACGGAGACACCCAGUCCGUGGAUCUCCGACACCGAAGCACCCAGUCCGUGGACCUCCAACACCGAGACACCAGUCUGUGGACCUCCAGCACUGAGACACCCAGUCUGUGGACCUCCAACACCGAGACACCCAGUCCGUGGACCUCUGACACCGAGACACCCAGUCUAUGGACCUCCAACACCGAGACAUCCAGUCUGUGGACCUCUGACACCGAUACACCCAGUCUGUGGACCUCCAACACCAAGACACUCAGUCUGUGGACCUCCAACACCGAGACACCCAGUCCAUGGACCUCUGACACCGAAACACCCAGUCCAUGGACCUCCGAUACUGAGGCACCAAAACCAUUGA